AAUUCUGUCGUUAUUGUCACCCGAUUUCAAAUUUACCUCGUGAAAUGGCUCAAAUUGAAUUGAAAGCGCAUCAGCUUCGGAAUCAGGCUGAAAAGAAAAUGAGCUCCGGUGGGUUUUUCAAGACUCUUUUCAGUAAUGGUGCUUGCCAGAUAGAAGAGUCCAUAGAGUACUAUACGCGAGCUGGAAACUUAUUUAAAAUGGCUAAAAAUUGGACCCAGGCCGGACAUGCUUUUUCUGAUGCUGCAGAGCUGAGUUUGCGCGGUGAUAAUUAUACAGACGCUGCAUUCAAUUUUGUGGAAUCUGCAAACUGUUUCAAAAAGUGUGAUGUUGCCAAAGCAGUUGAGUUAUACUUGAAGGCAAUUGAGAUAUAUAAAGAUAAAGGUAAGAUUGUUGCGGCUGCAAAAUAUCAUCAGAUUAUAGCUGAAUUAUUGGAAGACGACAAUGACUAUUAUGAGGCGGUUGAACACUAUGAAAAAGCCAUUGAUUUUUACAAAAUGGAAGCAAGUUAUUCUUCAGCUAACAAAUGUUUGGAGAAAGUUGCUGAGUACUAUGCUUUGUGGGAAAACUAUGACAAGGCAAUACUCAUCUUCCAAGAGAUAGCUUGUUUCGACUUGGCGAGUUCACUAAUGAAGUACUGUGCCAAACAAUACCUAUUCAGAGCUGCUGUUUGUCUGCUUUGUGCCAAUUUAGAUGUAACAUCAAAACUGGAAACCUAUAUUAAUAUGUACCCCGCAUUCGAAGACUCCAGAGAAUAUCAACUGAUUGUUUGCCUGAUGGAGUGCAUAGAAGAUAACGACUUUGAAGGAUUCACCAACGCCAUUAGAAAAUUCGACUCCGUAACCCAUUUGAGUCAGUGGCACAUCACCAUGUUGCUUCGGGCCAAAAACCAAAUCCAGGAUAUUCCAGAUUUGAAAUAGUCAACAAAAUGAACUUGGAAAAGUAAAAAUUCUGUGAAACCAAAAUGAAAUUAUAUUUUUUUUAUUAAACUACGUUUACCUUACACUUUUGAUAGUUAUCAUCAAACUCCCUCAACCAUUCAUCUUCUUCUUCGUCGGUAACAGCAACCUGCUUGAUCAAAUUCUUGUUCUCCUCAAACAGAACCAGCCCAUCGACACACUCGAAACAACUUUUAUAUUCGCCGUCCUUCAGACUUUUCACCAUGUACGGCCCCUCCAACUCGUAACCCAACU